AUGACCAACAAACCUGCCAUCACGGAGGAGGAGGUCGGCGCCCCGGCGACAUCCUCAUCUCUUCCCUCCUCCUCCCCCACCAGCUUCCGCGACACGGAUACACCCUCCUCUCAACUUCUGCGCUACGACCAGCAUCACAGCGCUAGAGGCAUUUCUACUCGAGCGCUCGCUGAACGCUGCUCGCUUAAAGCCUCCCCCGACAAAGCUGCUCAGAAUUUGCUUCCUUCCCCUCCCAGCUACCGGGACGCAGUUCAGAUGGGCAACGUCAACAUCAACUCCAGCGACGGCAUCCCGAUGGAGUCUCCCGUUCCCGCCAUGAGCACAAACCGCCGCCCUGCUGCCGUUGGCAACAACUAUCCCGGAUGCUUCUUCUGUGGUGUUCGUGUCUUCGGAUCAAUCGAGGACGUGCAGCUAUUCCUGCUGUUCUGCCUCAUGGCCUUUGUUUUUGCCUGUGUCAUCACUUGGAUCAUCGUCAACGGUAACGGCGGCAGCUCUGGUACUACCGCCGAGAGCGCGCUGUAA